CAGCAAGAACGUGAAGGCAAAGUCUCGAAAUUGCAGAGUAGGGGACGUUCUGCUUCCUUUUAAGCGCUAGGAGGUGCAAUGAAUGCGUAUCCGGGAGGCUAUACCGGCACCACCUGUGCAGGGUGCACCCUGAGAACGAAAUCGACUCAGAGGAGAGCUCACCCAUGUUCGGCGAACCCGUGUGAGUUGAGGGAUUUUCCGGUCAUCUCCGACCGUUCUACGACAAAAGGAAGUGGACACUAUGCCGCUUGGGGAGAGGAUUUGGUGUUGGUAGUUAUGCCGGGAGAAAUAAUCCCUAGCUACGGGCUGAGGGACAUGGAGCAGGCAUUGGGCCGAGAGUUGGUAAUCUCUGGCCACGGGCGCAGAGACCAUGAUGCUGGCAUAGGGUUGGGAGUUAUAUUUAUUCAAUGAUCUUACUGGCAGCACACCACGCUUACGAGACGAUUUGUGAGACGAUUGAUAUUUUGAUCUCCGCGAUGUUUUUCCGCGAUAUGACUGUAGACAUUGAAAUUUCGGUGACAUAAAUGUUAGUCAUUGCAUUAAGAUUACAUUUGUAAACAUUGAAUUUUGGUGAAAUAAAUGUUGACCAUUGUAUUAAAAUUACAACCUUCAUU